UCAUGGACGGUAAAUUCAGACAGUAAUUUCACGGUCAAUAACGGUGGCCGCGCACACUGACACACCCACAUAUACACAUCGGCGAACCACGAACGAACAACACGAGUAGACACGCCGGCCGCCUGCUGCGCUACACCACCCUGCUCGGCGCCAUGGAUCCCCCGUCUGCGCUCGCGUCGCCGUCCUUGGUCAAGCUGGUGGACACGUACAAGAAGGCGGCGGCCACGGCGGCCUCGGUGACGGCGUACGCCGUGCUGGCGCGCGGCAUGGCGCGGGAGCUCCUGCCCGACGACCUGUGCGCCUUGGUCAGCUGGGGCGCCUCGCUCCUCCGCGCGCGGAUGGAGCCGCCACCCGUCGAGCGCUGCACCGUCGUCGUCAGCCGCAUCGAUGUGGACUCCUCCAACUGCGAUGACUACAACGCCUUCUACACCGACGUGCACGACUACCUGGCCACCCGGAUCGACCCACGGUCCAUGCGCCGGCUCCGCCUCAGCGGCGGCGGCGCCAGCAAGGUCAUGUCCAUGGACCGCGGCGACUCCAUGACCGACCUCUUCGAGGGCGUCCAGUUCAGGUGGGCGUCCGUCCCGGGGGAUGGCGACCACGGGGUGGACUCCCUGGAGCUCAGCUUCGACGCGGAGCACAUGGACAUGGCGCUGGGCAGGUACGUGCCCUCCAUCACCGCCGCGGCGGAGCAGGCGCGGCGGCUCAACUGCGCGCUCAGGAUCUACAUGAACGAGUCCACGUCGUGGCGCGGGAUCAGCCACCACCACCCGGCCACCUUCGACACGCUCGCCAUGGACCCGCCCACCAAGCAGGCCGUCAUCGCCGACAUCGACAGGUUCCUCAAGCGCAAGGAGUACUACCGCCGGAUCGGCAAGGCGUGGAAGCGCGGCUACCUGCUCUACGGCCCGCCAGGCACCGGCAAGUCCAGCCUGGUCGCCGCCGUCGCCAACUACCUCCGCUUCAAUCUCUACGACCUCGACCUCGCCGAGCUGCGCUGCAACUCCAUGCUCCAGAGGCUGCUCAUCGGCAUGCCCAACAAGUCCAUCCUCGUCAUCGAGGACAUCGACUGCUGCUUCACUGCCACGUCCAGGGAAGAUGGCAAGGACCGCAAGACGCCGGAGCUGCCCGAGGAUGGCUCCGACGACUGCUCAAGCACGCAGAACAUUACACUGUCGGGGCUGCUCAACUUCAUCGACGGGCUGUGGUCGACCAGCGGCGAGGAGCGCAUCAUCAUCUUCACCACCAACUACAAGGAUCGCCUCGACCCGGCGCUGCUGCGGCCAGGGCGCAUGGACAUGCACGUCUACAUGGGCUACUGCGGCUGGGAAGCAUUCAAGACGCUCGCCCGGAACUACUUCCUCGUCGACGACCACCCGCUGUUCCAGGAGAUACAGGGGCUGCUUGCCCAGGUGGAGGUGACGCCGGCCGAGGUGUCGGAGAUGCUGCUCCGGAACGAGGACGUCGACGUCGCAAUGCAGGGGCUCGUGGAGUUCCUCCUAGCGAAGAUGCAGGGGAAGGAAGAUGCAGGGAAGGCAUGAAGGGCAGUACUGCAAUCUCGUAGACCAAGAUCGAGCUAGCAAACUGAAGAAGAUCCAUGCUUUUUUUGUUAUGCAAGUGCAAUAUAUGUUGGCUGUGUUAUGUUGGCAGCUAAUUUAGACUAGUAAGUAGUGAACGAUAUGGGCUCGUUAAUUUCUCCUCUCUAUGGUAUACCAGCAUUCUCCAAAUGUUUGGACAUUCAGGGGCUUCUGGAGUUCCUCAUAGGGAAGAAGCAGGGGGAGGAAGAUGCAGGGGAGGCAAUGAAGGGGACCAACAUCGAGCUAGUAAACUGAAGAAGAUCCAUGUUUUUGGUUUUCCUGUCUUAACCGUUAGCCGCUGUUCUGCUGUUCUCUAAUUAAUUACUACACCAUAUGAUUUGGAGCUCAUUUGGACUAUGCCUUGUUAAUGGAACGAUGCCAUAGAAUUCCUUGCAAAA